AUGGUCCUGCUGCUGCUCCUGGCCAUGCUGUGGGGUGGGUCACAGGCUCAGGACGCAAGGUACGAGCUGCACAUGCAGAGAGCGGUGACGCUACAAAAGGGCCUGUGUGCACUUUUGCCCUGCACCGUCAACUACCCCCAAACUGACUGGACCCAGGAGACUCGGGCUUGUGGCUUCUGGUACCGAGUGGGGCCCCCGAAGAGUCUCGUGGCUACCAACUGCUCUCCUGAAAAGGUGCAUCACAGCACCAAAGGGCGGUUCCAGCUUCUGGGCCAGCCCAAGGACUGGAGCUGCUCCUUGCUCAUCACAGACGUCCAGGAAAGUGACCGGGGUGUCUAUUACUUCCGAGUGGAGAGGGGGCCCACAGUGGUCUACAGUUACUUGAAUGACCAGCUCUCCCUGGAAGUGAACGCUCUGACCCAGAAGCCCGACAUCUACAUCCUUGAGCCCCUGUGGCCUGGACACCGAGCGACUGUCAUCUGUGUGUUCAACACCUUUGCGGAGUGUCCGGCCCCCACCUUCUCCUGGGAGGGGGCUGCCGUCUCUUCGAGGAGGACCCAAGCCGGCACCCACAUGUCUUCGGUGCUCACGCUCGAACCCAGACCCCAGGACCACAGCACCGACCUCACCUGCCGUGUGCGCUUUGCCCCAAGCGGCUUGAGCACAGAGAAGAAGCUGAGGCUGGAAGUGGCCUAUGCCCCCAAAGACCUGGUCAUCAGCGUUUCUCGGGCCAAAGGGGCAGCCCCGCAGCUCCAGGAAAGAGACUCUCCCCUGCAGGCCCGGAAAGGCCAGUUUCUGCAGCUGCUCUGUGAGGCCGACAGCCUGCCCCACGCCACUCUGACCUGGGCCCUGGAGGGCCGAGUGGUGUCGUGCUCCCGUCCGCAGGGCCCCGAGGCCCUAGCGCUGGUGCUGCCCGCAGUGACGGAGGGAGACGCGGGGACCUACACCUGCCGGGCGGAGAACCCGCUGGGCUCACAGAUCCGCAGGCUCCACCUGGUCGUGCAGUAUCCCCCUGAAAACCUGAGAGUGGUGUUCACCGUGGAAAACAGGAUAGUCGAGGAAACCUCCAGCAAAACCGCAAGCUUCUGGGUGCUUCAGGGCCGGAGCCUGCAGCUGCUCUGCGUGGCCCACAGCAACCCUCCAGCCAACGUCAGCUGGGCUGGGGGCCCGCUGGCGCCGAACCCUGUGCAGUCCCAGGUACCUGGGCUCCUGCUCCUGCCCAGGGUUCAGCCGGACCAGGAAGGAGAAUUUACCUGCAGCGCUGAGAACCUGCUCGGCUCCCAGAGCGUGUCUGUCCACAUCCAAGUGCACUCCUCCCCGCUGUUGCUGGGCCCCUCCUGCUCCUGGAAGGCCCAGGGCCUACACUGUAGCUGCUCCUCCCACGCCCGGCCCGCCCCUGCCCUGCGCUGGUGGCUGGAUCAGGGGCUGCUGCCAGAGAACCGCAGCAACGCCUCCUUCCAGGUCACCUCCAGCUCCCAGGGGCCCUGGGCCAACAGCUCCCUGAGCCUCCGGGACGGCUUCGGCACCGGCCUCACGGUCCGCUGCGAGGCCCGAAAUGUCCGCGGGAAGCAGAGCGCCUGGGUCCUGCCUCAACCAGAGCCCCCCUCCUGCAGCUGUGAGCUCCCAGAGCAGCGGGGCUCCUGGCCGCUGGUGCUCACCCUGAUCCGGGGCGCCCUCAUGGGGGCCGGCUACCUCCUCACCUAUGGCCUCACCUGGGCCUACUACAGCAGGUCCACAUAG